UCAAACUGGAGAAUUCGCGUUUACGGCGGUGGAAGCUGGAGACUACAUGGCGUGUUUCACUGCUGUUGAUCAUAAACCUGAGGUUACAUUGAGUAUUGAUUUCGAUUGGAGAACUGGUGUUCAGUCUAAGACUUGGAGUAGUGUUGCUAAGAAGAGCCAAGUCGAUAUUAUGGAGUUUGAUGUAAAAAGACUGAUUGAAACUGUCAACUCGAUUCAUGAAGAGAUGUUUUAUCUCAGAGAAAGGGAGGAAGAGAUGCAAAAUCUGAACCGGGCUACAAACUCGCAAAUGGCAUGGUUAAGUUUUUUCUCUCUUUUCGUAUGCUUAGGAGUUGCUGGAAUGCAAUUUUUGCAUUUGAAGACGUUUUUCGAGAAGAAGAAAGUCAUCUAAGAUGGUUUUAGGUUAAACAAUACCACUCUUUUCUUUUCCCUACUCAAGGAAUCUUCUAUUCCCCCUGAGUUUUUGUACAUUUAGAUCUUUGGCUUAAGCAUGUACUCUCGGAACUGGAAUUUAAAUGAAUGUGAAUGAUCACUGAGUUCAACCGAA